UAUUUUCUCUUGGAUCCGCAACUGCAAAUAGAGGUUUCCGCGCCAGUUUAUAAAGCCCUAGAAGCAGUUAGUUUUCAUCUCCUCGCCUUCUCUCAUUUUUCCUUGUCCGUCUUCUCUGCUUCUGCAGCUGCGAAAGCAUCGGAUCUCUUAUUAGAUAUAAAAUAUAGUUGUAGUCAUGGGGGCCGUGGUUGAUGCUGCACCAACAUUGGCAUCUAAUGAGAAUACAAAUGGAGGUCUUUCAAGUGGGAAGAAAGUCACUGUUGUUUUUGUCUUAGGCGGUCCGGGCAGUGGAAAGGGCACCCAGUGUGCAAAUAUUGUUGAACACUUUGGCUACACCCAUCUCAGUGCUGGUGAUCUCCUUCGAGCAGAAAUAAAAUCCGGUUCUCAAAAUGGUACCAUGAUCCAGAAUAUGAUACAAGAGGGAAAGAUUGUGCCUUCUGAGGUAACAGUUAAGCUUCUCCAACAGGCAAUGGAGGAAAGUAAAAAUGACAAAUUUCUUAUUGAUGGCUUUCCCCGGAAUGAAGAAAACCGUGCUGCAUUUGAAAACGUUACAAAGAUCAUCCCAGAAUUUGUACUGUUUUUUGACUGUUCAGAAGAAGAGAUGGAAAGGCGUCUUUUGAAUAGGAAUCAGGGAAGAGUUGAUGAUAACAUUGAGACAAUCAGGAAGCGGUUCAAAGUUUUUAUAGAAUCCAGUUUACCUGUAAUUCAGUAUUACAGCUCCAAAGGGAAGGUUCGGAAGAUUGAUGCUGGAAAGCCUGUUGAAGAGGUCUUUGAGGCUGUCAAAAGCGUUUUCUCUUCAGCUGUAAAGAACGCUCAGUAGAACUGCACCAAUGAUAUGGGACAGAAUCUUGAUUAAGGCAUUAAUUACAGAAUACGUAGCAUAUGUACCAUGAUAUACAUGUACCAGAGCUCCUUGGGGUGCACCAUCUAUGGGAGGAAGCAGCAGCAGUUACGAGUUAUGUAUGCCCUGUUGUAUCAAGUUAUUCCUAAGAAAAUAAAUCAGUCUUUGGAGAUGAUUAUCUGCCCUCUUUUGGGAGAUCUUCCUCCUUUCAUAGCUCUUCCUAUAUAAAGAACAGCUGCUGUAGUUGAGUAUUCUAUUAAUUAGAUUUGUUAUUUGGUUGUGGCA